AUGGUAAGUCAGACACCAUGGUACUUGGGGUCUGCAAUUAUUAAAGCUUCAUCCAAGUCUAGCACAGAGGCCACAGAGGCCCUCUACCUCCAUGAUGCCACGCUUCGGGAUUUGACGACAGAAGUCAUAUCCUCACAGUCCAUCACAUCACUAUCUGAAGAAGAACAGGGCCUGGCCAAAAAUGUACCGGUGGAAAAUUUUGUUGUGACAAUGCGACAGACGAUCUUUUAUGCUCAAGGUGGCGGGCAGCCCAGCGACACCGGCACCAUCAGGUCAGAACAACCUGCCACAUUCGAAGUGACACUGGUUCGCAAAACACCCGAUGGGAGAUAUCUCCAUUUUGGAAAAUACAGUGACACACCCUUCACGGCGGGUCGUCAAGUUGUCCAGAGAAUUGAUGGGUCAAAACGCGACUGUCACUCACGACUGCAUACAGCUGGUCACAUUGUCGGGCUUGCAAUGCAGCUACUGAUGCCAGAGAAGAAGAAAGUCAAGGCAAAUCAUUUCCCGAGGGAAGCAUCAAUGGAGUAUGAAGGCCUGCUGUACAAUGAAGAUAAGCCGACGAUUCAGGAGAAGGUCGAUGAGCUAGUGCGGCAGGAUCUGGCGAUUCAAAUCUCGUGGGUUGAGGGGGAAGAGGGCGAGGAGGGGCGUUCGCACGACGGGCGGACGAGAAUAGCAAGUAUUGGAGGGUUGGAUCAUAAUCCUUGUGGUGGUACCCAUGUGCCACGAACGGGGAUGGUUGGGUCCAUCGUUAUUCGCAAGAUCAGCCGCCAGAAGGGAAUCAGUCGGGUGUCUUAUGAUGUGUCUCCGGGGAUUGAAGGCUGA